AUGUAUUCCCGGCAGUUGUAUGGGGAUUCACAGCUCCACGCGCAGCUAGCCCAACAAAGACAGUUCACAUUUCAACAACAGCAACAACAACAACAACAGCAGCAGCAGCAGCAGCAGCAACAACAACAGCCACAGCAGGUCAACUCAUCGUAUCCAAUCAACUCUACAGCUGCCAAUACGGCGUUGCUUAUGCAACAACUACAACACACCAUUCCCAACGUUGUUCAGGUUCAACCUAACAACAAUCCACAGACAGCCUCCAUCAACCAGUCUCUUGGCCAGACACUCCCUUCCCAAACCCAGGCAAAGACGAACCAGCUGCUUUCGGCAGGACCGGGUGCGAAUGGUGCUAAAGCCUUUAAUGACGAGAAGGUUUAUACUUGGAUCAUUGAGCUGGUGUAUGGACCAGGUCGCGAACAGGCUCUUUUGGAGCUCGGAAAGAAGAGAGAAUUAUACGAUGAUCUUGCACUUGUUCUGUGGCACUCUUUUGGAGUGAUGACCGCUCUUUUGGAAGAGAUUGUUGCAGUGUAUCCUCUACUAUCGCCACCUCAGUUAACAUCAGCUGCUUCUAAUAGGGUCUGUAAUGCGCUGGCUUUGCUGCAGUGCGUUGCAUCGCAUCCAGAGACUAGAACCCCCUUCUUGAAUGCACAUAUACCGCUGUUCCUCUAUCCGUUUUUGAACACCAACUCGAAACAACGUCCAUUCGAGUACCUCAGACUGACCUCCUUAGGUGUUAUUGGUGCCUUGGUUAAGAACGACACUCCUGAGGUGAUAUCCUUCUUGCUGACAACCGAAAUCAUCCCUUUGUGCCUCAGGAUAAUGGAGUCGUCUUCUGAAUUGUCCAAGACCGUGGCCAUCUUUGUGGUGCAAAAGAUUCUGGUGGACGAUUCUGGACUGAGCUACGUGUGCCAGACCUUCGAGAGAUUCUCCGCAGUGGCUAACGUGCUGAAGCUGAUGAUCGACCAGCUGGUGACAAACCCCACAGUAAGACUCCUGAAACACGUUGUGAGGUGCUAUCUCAGACUCUCCGACAACGCUGAUGCAAAGAAGGCCUUGAAGGAAUGUCUUCCAGAACCACUCCGAGACGGAACCUUUAGCGUUGUUCUUAGAGACGAUGCUGCAACAAAAAGGUGUUUAACACAAUUGUUAUCGGUGAUUUCUCAGGAAUAG